AUCCCACCCACUACGCAUGUGCAAAACCACAUGUGAAACUUUAUCAAAGUGAUGUCUUUGAAGAUCUAUUUCGCUGGUAGUAUUCGUGCUGGUAGAGCUGAUGCUCACAUAUACGCCAAGAUAGUGGACAUCUUGAAGAAGUAUGGAUCUGUUCUGACAGAGCAUGUUGGAAACCCUAACAUGACUGAGAAAGGGGAUGUGUUGCUCACUGAUAAAGAAAUCCAUGAUCGUGAUGUUGACUGGCUAAAGCAGUCAGAUGUUCUUGUUGCUGAGGUUACCCAAGUCUCGCUGGGUGUGGGGUAUGAGAUAGGGAGAGCUGUGGCCAUGGGCAAGAAGACACUCUGUCUUUAUAGACCUCAACCAGACAAGAGACUGUCUGCCAUGGUGAGGGGGUCAGCUGAUAUCACUGUUGUAGAUUACUCAGAAGUUCAAGUGGAAUCAAUUCUUGAAUCGUACUUCAAAACAUUCAUCAGAUAGGAACUUUAUGAAUAUGAAAAUUAUAUAAUAAUUAUUUGGUGUGAAUAAAAAAAUAAAUGAUCAUUUUCUAACAUUA